AUGCACUCUCUGAUCCAACAGUACCGCAUUGACCAUUUUGAGCCCAGCUGGAGGGUUCGUUUGAAGGCCAAACCUGUUUUUGCAAAACUAUGGAAAACUGAGAAGAUUUUGUCAAGUUUUGAUGCUGUGGCUAUUGCUGAACCUACCGAAGUUUCCGGUGAAGGAUUUGCUGAGGGCAUCCAGCAAUGGCUUCACAUUGACCAAGGAGAGUACAGACAAGGCCUUCAUGCUUAUCAAGGAGGGGUAUAUCUGGAAGAAACUACCCAUACUGACUGGGUACUCAGAGUUCUGGCCGGCUCCCACAAACAUCACCAGCUGUUUUACGACUCUCACCCUGCUGCCGCUGACAGAAGCUGGGGCGACUUUUGCAAACUGAAAGACCCUGAAAUUCAGUGGUUCAAGCAAAAAGGCUGUAGCUGACAAAAAAUGCCCGUGCCGAAAGGAGGAAUGGUCCUUUGGGACUCGCGCCUUGUCCAUGACAGUUUGUCGCCCCGAAUUUGGUCGCCGAAUGCAGACAGGUGGCGUUUCGUUGUUUUCGUGUCAAUGACGCCCGCAAUUUGGGCUAAAGAACGAGACCUGAACAUCCGAAAAACGGCUUACAAGCGCUUGUUUUUAACUACACACUGGUCAUCCCAAGGCGGGGACUUCUUUCCCGAUAUAACGUCAGAUUUAACAUGGAAACAAAUCACCACGAUCGAGCGUUUGCCAGAUAUAGCUUAA